AUGACGGUUUCAAAACUCCGCAUUGCCAUCGUGGGAGGUGGUGUUGCUGGCGCCAGCCUCGCCAACGCCCUCGCCCAAUGCAACAAUCUCACUCUUCAGCUCUUCGAAUCAGCUCCUAAAUUCUCUGAGCGCGGUGCGGCAGUUGGUCUCUCGAAACAUGCUCAAAAUGCACUCAAACUAGCUGUUGCCGAUUACAAUGGAGUGAUUAAAAAGUCUGGCGCCGUCGAAAUGGGCGCCGCUUGCAUGCAUGUGGGUUGUGGCAAGUACCAUGGAGAAGAAAUGAAGGAUAUUGAGACCGAUGGGUCGCUUUAUAUCGUCCACCGCGCCUCGCUACUGCGUGAGCUGCUGGCGCCGUUGCCCGAGUCCAUUCUGUAUCCCAACAAGAAGCUGUGCAAGAUCGAGCCCCUCGAUGACAGUGUACGGUUAACUUUUGAAGAUGGCCACUCGGACACUUUUGACGCGGUCAUUGGCGCAGACGGCAUUUUCAGCUUUGUUCGUAAGCAUGUCAUUGGCUCCGAGGCCGACAAGCCCACGCCAGCCGGCUUCUGGAACUGCAUCGCCAUUGUGCCGAUGGAACUGGCGCGCGAAAAGCUUGGCGAUAAGCCUUUUCAAUCUCACCGACAGUGGGUGCGUGGCGGUGGCAGCGCCUUUACCAUGACGGAUGUAGUGGAAAACGGCACCAUGGUGCAGAUUGUCAUGGCCCAUGUUGAGACUGAGCAUCCUUCCGACCGCAAGCAAGCCAUGUCUCGUGACGACUUAAAGGACGCAUUUCAAGACUGGCUAAGCGACCCCUUUGCCCAUGGGAUGAUUGAUCUGCUCACCCCGGACGGCGAAGUAACCGCCUACUCACAAUGGGAGCAUCUCAACACUAGCACCUACACAAACAAACACGUCUGUAUCAUGGGAGACGCCGCGCACGCCUCUACGCCCUGGCAAGGCGCCGGCGCCGGCUUGGCCAUUGAAGACGCCGUGAUUCUAGCUGCCGUUCUUGCCAAAGUCACCACGGCCAAGGAAAUACCCGCCGCCUUUGCCGUCUAUGACGCUGUCCGUCGCUCUCGCGGCAACAUGCUCGUUCACAAUAGUCGCGAGGCCGGCGCACUCAUCUGCAACGCAGACAAGUACACGCCCGCCGAGCUUAAGGCUACGCUCAACGGCCGAUGGGACUACCUGCGAUACUUUGACCUCGCCGCGCAAAGAACCGAAGUAGUGGAGAAGAUGGACGCUCUACUCAAAGAAUAA